CUUAUCCUGCAGUUCACAUCUACACAGCCUUCAGUCUUGUGAGACUAGUUCCUUUAUCCAGAUCAGUCAUUCAAGGGUUAAACUGCUAUUCUGUAGAAAAGGAAUGCUUUCAAUUUGAGUUCACCGUUUUUUUGUUUUUUUUGUUUUUUCACACUGACAUUCCUGCACUGAAUUCUAAAGGCUCUGUGCAGUUUCCUGGCUCUGUGGUAUUGUGUGGGGUCCAAGGAGAACAGGAUGACCUCCAUUCCAAUCAACGUAACAAGUGAAGAAGGGGUGGGUUUAUUUGCUCCACUUGGUGAAGGGAUGUUAUGGCCAAAGAACAUAACGCAAAGUAAUAUAACUUCUCCAGUGGGUCAUAAGUUCGUGCAACCACCCUGGCGUAUAGCUCUCUGGUCUCUGGCUUAUGGUUCCAUGGUGGCAGUAGCAGUUUUUGGCAACAUCAUAGUCAUCUGGAUCAUCUUGGCUCAUAAAAGAAUGAGAACGGUCACCAAUUACUUCCUGGUCAGCUUGGCUUUUUCAGAUGCUUCGAUGGCUGCUUUCAAUACUCUGGUUAAUUUCAUUUAUGCCCUACACAACGAAUGGUAUUUCGGAGAAGCUUAUUGUAGAUUUCACAACUUCUUUCCCAUCACUGCCAUCUUUGCCAGUAUCUAUUCCAUGUCAGCUAUUGCUGUAGACAGAUACAUGGCUAUUAUUGAUCCUUUGAAACCACGAUUAUCUGCUACUUCAACCAAAGUGGUAAUUGGGAGUAUCUGGAUAUUUGCUUUUCUGCUUGCUUUUCCUCAAUGCCUUUAUUCCAAAACAAAAGUGCUGCCCAGUAGGACUCUCUGUUUGCUAGCAUGGCCAGAACAGGAAAAAAAAAUAACGUAUCAAAUUAUUGUAGUGUUACUGGUUUACUGUUUUCCAUUACUUGUUAUGGCCAUCACAUAUACAAUUGUUGGAAUUACGUUAUGGGGAGGAGAAAUACCUGGAGAUACAUCUGAUAAAUAUCACGAGCAACUCAGAGCAAAGAGAAAGGUGGUGAAAAUGAUGAUUGUGGUUGUAGUAACAUUUGCCAUUUGUUGGCUUCCUUACCAUAUCUUUUUCAUUGUUACUGCACUUGAUAUAAAAGUGGACAGAUGGAAAUAUAUUCAACAAAUCUACUUGGCAAUUUUUUGGCUGGCAAUGAGUUCAACCAUGUACAAUCCCAUCAUUUACUGCUGUCUCAAUAAAAGAUUCCGAGCUGGAUUCAAAAGAGCCUUUAGAUGGUGUCCUUUCAUUCAGGUAUCCAGUUAUGAUGAGUUGGAGCUCAAAUCAACAAGGUUUCAUCCAACCAGGCAGAGUAGCCUGUACACUGUAUCCAGAAUGGAAUCGAGUAUGACAGUGGUAUUCGAUGCCAAUGACACAGAGAACCCCAAAACAACUCACAGCACCAAGAAAAAAACUGCUACCACCGAAGCCACGUAUAAUGGCUGCUCACAGCGAAAUUCCAAAUCUUUGUCUACAAAUUCAAGUUUUAUUAGUUCUCCCUAUACGUCUGCAGAUGACUAUUCAUAAAACAUUGAUUACAUAUUAUUUUUUUGUGUAAAAAAAAGUACACUUUUCUAAUGUACGUGAUAAGCUAACAAAACCACAAUACAAAUGGGUUUUCUGCAUGCUGCUGGAUAAACUGGAUGUACAUAACAUACAGGGUUAUUCACUUAAUGUAAAACUUGUCAGGAAUUAAAAGUAAAUUCAAGGUGAAUUUUAAAUUUAAGGCCAAACUAGCUGAAUUCCACAUUUCAUUAUCGGCAAUUGUGGCCACUUUAGCCAUAAAAUUUAAAUUCACUUUGAAUUCCUGACACGUCUCACUUUAAUAAAUAUCCUUCAUUUAGUGGAUAGAAUAUCUCAUAAAUGUCUGCAUUGUAAAAUAGAUAGUCUCUAAAAGUGAUAUGUCCAGGUUUAUUCCUUGCUAUCAUAUCAUUUCAUGCAUUAGAACAAUCACAGAAAGUAAAUGUGAAAUUUCUGUCCUAUUUGUAUUGUUCUAUGCAUGUAUUCUUUACGUAACGAGAGAAGAUAUACACCACUGUAUAAAUUGACAAUAAAGGUGCACCAGAAUAUCCUUGUGAUAAAAAACAAACAAACAGUGUUUGGCAUGGACACCAAAAACAUUUAAAGGACAACACUACCAUUAUUUGCUACAUCACCAUAUAUAAAACAGAGUGCUUCUUUGUUGUUUUAGAUUUUUGUUUUAUUUUAGCUUCGUUCAGAUUUGAUGAUUAAAUUUAGCCUCCACCCAACCAUAGUAAGUUAUUUGCCUAUAAUCCAGUUGAGAGACUUCUCGCAGCAUCUCCAUCCUACUCCUCUAGGAAACCAUCACUAAAAAUGAUGUCCCAGCUAAUCCAAUUAAGUGGAAAACACAACACAUGGGUAUCAGUCUCCAUGAUCCACUAGCAACCCCUCCCGACUGUGUUACUAAGGAGGUUUAUAUAAGUGACAGUUUCUCAAGUGACAAUUUUUCUUUAUAAAAUAAGACAACAGUGGCAUGCUCUUAACCAGUAAGCAAGCUGAAAUUCUUAAGGGUAUGGAGUGUUCCUUUAACAACUUUUUUGUUUUGCAUUAUAUAUUCAUCAACAGCACAAUCAUUUCCAAGUUGUAUCCAAUAUUCCCUAUAACCCAUAGCCUAAUAAAUAUCCUGUUAUAUUUGAUUGUCUCGGGACUUAAUUAAAACUGAACAUAACAGAUGUUCAUUAGUUCUCCUUAUUGUCAUGCCACAAUGCAACAAUGAACCAAAAGGAUUGCCGACGUUGUAUACAAAGACAUUUUGCAAUAUAAAUUAAUUAAUUAUUUAUGUUUGUACUCUACUGAGUCAAAAGAAAUACUAAUGUUGUUUCUAUAAAAUAUAUACAUGUAUCCAUUGAAAGUUUCACCAAGAUUUUUACUUUGGUUGAUUCAACCACCACAGUUAUUGUGUCAGCCUCAUUGUUGCCAUUAACUCUUCAUGCUGCAUUUGUCAAUGAACUUCAAAAACCACAGCCAAUGAAAAUAGGCUCAGAUGACUUAAUAUAUUAAAUUUGCAUUAUAUACACAUCUGUUUUACUGUUUUAAUAGUUUUACAUAUGCUUAAAGAGAUAAUAUUUCCCAAAGAACAAGAA